AUGGGUCUCCUUCUUGCUGCCAUACGCGUGGAAGCUCUCUGGAUUUUUAAAUCUUCUUUCGCUGCUCGUCCAAAGAAGUGGAAGAGAGGCAGCAAAAUGCCUAGCGUCUGUCCAGAUAAGAUGGGCGAUAAACAAGUUUCCAGGUUUGGUAAAGCCGAAAUAGGGAUUGGAGCUGCGGAUAAAAUUCAGAAUUGCCUUCUUGAUCUUCCAGUUAUCCUAGAGCUAGGGACUCAACAAUGCAGGUGUCGGUGA